AUGGGUAUUCCAGGACUUUCUAGUUGGUUAACAAAACCUGAAAACUAUCCAGAUAUUAUCAUACCGUGCGAAGAAGAUGGUCAAAGUGCCUCGCGCUCAGUUAAAUUCGAUAAUCUCUAUUUAGAUAUGAAUGAAAUUAUUUAUUUAUUAAUUGGAUCAGACAGUAGUUCACCAAUACAAAAAGAAGAAAAUGAAAUCAUACAAUCGGUUUUCGUAAGUAUUGAUCGAAUAUUUUCAAUUGUUCGUCCACAAAAGUUACUUUAUAUGGCGCUUGACGGUGUUGCACCAAUGGCUAAAAUGAAUGAUCUACGUAAAGGUCGUUUUUUGCAUUUCAAGAAACAAGAAAAUAAAUGUUUCGAUACGAAUUUAAUAAAAUCUGGUACACCAUUCAUGUCAAAACUAUCAAAUUGUCUCCAAGAUUAUAUAAGAUAUCGUAUGAAUACAGACCCAGCAUGGCGUUCAAUAAAAGUUAUUUUAUCCAAUGCAAAUGUACCUGGUGAAGGUGAACAUAAAAUAAUGGAUUACAUACGUCAACAACGUGCAGAACCAGAUUAUGAUCCAGCUACAUAUCAUGUUGUAUACAGUGCUGAUUCUGAUGUGAUAUUACUUGCAUUAACAAUUCAUACAAAUUAUUUUAGAAUAUUACGCAUAUCGCCAUCAAUUGAUACUGAACUACAAAGAUAUGAAUUUAUAAAUCUCGCAAAGUUACGUACAAAUCUUGAGAAUGAUUUGAAAGUUCCUGAUAUAUUUCAAUGGAAUCCUGAACGUGCAAUAGAUGACUGGGUGUUUCUGUGUUUUCUUGCUGGAAAUGAUUUUUUUCCAAAUUUACCAUUAAUCGAAUUUUAUCGAAAGAAUAUGAAUUUUCUUAGAGAUAUCUAUAAAGAAUCGUCUGGUUAUUUGACAGAGAAUGGUCAGUUGAAUAUGAAUCACCUAAAGAAAUUUUUAACACGUGUAGCUGGAAAGCAAGUUGAAAUAUUUGAAAAGGAAGACCAAGGUCAUAAUCAAGCAAAUAAUAAUCAACCAGCAUUUUCCAUAGAUUCAGUCAAAGAUCAAUUGUCACGUGGAAAUCCUACGACUAUAUAUUUGGGACCACCACGAAUGAAUCCACAACGUGCUGUGCCAAUAUCUAAAAAAGAAGCUGUGAAGCCUUCAUCGAUACUACCAAAAAAUAGUCGACAAAGGGAUCAACGUUACGGUGAAAUAGAGCAAGAACCAUCUGAGGUAUUAAUAAAUAAUGAUUCAAAUGAUAGCGCGCGACUUGGAGGGAAAAGCUGGCAUAAAAAAUAUUAUAGAGAGAAAUUCAAUAUUGACUUAAGCGCCUCGAAAGAGUUUCCCACUGAAGUUGCUCAAGAUUACGUUCGAGGUUUACACUGGAUUCUUCAAUAUUAUUUUAAAGGUGUACCAUCGUGGGAUUGGUAUUAUCCACACCAUUAUGCUCCAUUUGCUUGUGACAUUUCAAACCUCAAAGAUGUGUCCGUAGUUUUUAACAAAACUUCAAAACCAUUGAAACCAUUAGAACAAUUACUGGCUAUAUUUCCACCACAGUAUGCAAAUUAUCUUCCAAAGCAAUGGCAGCAAUUGAUGUUGGAUAAAGAAUCACCAAUUAUUGAUUUUUAUCCAUCAGAUUUUAAAAUUGAUCUCAAUGGUAAACGUGAAGAAUCUCAAGGUGUUACUUUGUUACCAUUUGUUAAUAAAGAAGAUUUACUUCAAGCGCUUGAGUCUGUUUAUUCAACGUUAACACUAGAAGAAGAAAAACGUAAUAGACAUGGUUAUGAUCGGUUAUUUAUUCAUACAAAAAAUCCAUGUUAUAAACAAUUCAGUACAUUAUAUGAUAAUAAUGAAAAUCAAAUAACAGAAACAAAUCCAUUUCAUAUAUUAACGAAAUUAAAUGAAGGUAUAACUGGAAAAAUAUGGGUUGAUAAUGAUGAUACAUUUGUACGUAUUGAUGCACCAAUAGAGGAUCCAAUAACAAAGAAAAAAAUAAAAAAUAAUCAAGUUCUUUCUGUGAACUAUCGAAAUUUACGAUUUCAUGGUGAUUGUAAUGAUAUCAAAGAUCGUCUGAACGAAGGUGAUCAAGCAAUUAACAAAAACUGA